AGGAAGGAAGAGGAAGUGAGAGCAGCAAGCGGCAGCGAGAGUGUGUGCGCUCGAGUCUGAGGAUGGGAUAGAGUCUCUCCCAACACCAAAACAGCAGCGGCAACUUCCAUGGUGGCAGAGGCGUGUGCGGCAGGGAGACAAACUUUUCCCGGGGGAAGGCGGCUCGCCGGGGGGGUGAAGGUGCUUGGGGCCCGGCGUGGAAGAACUAAUGCGACUGUCUGCCCCCUGAGAAUGGCAUAAACAACAUUUUAGAAGUUCCUGAUAAAACAACUGUGUGAAUGAAACAGAGUCUCUGCAGUAUUUAGUGUCCAGUUUUACUGGCUUUGAAGAACAGCGGCAUUGACAAUGCCACCUCCUGCUGAUAUAGUGAAAGUGGCUAUAGAAUGGCCAGGUGCCUUCCCCAAGUUAAUGGAAAUUGAUCAAAAAAAGCCAUUGUCUGCAAUAAUAAAAGAAGUCUGUGAUGGGUGGUCUCUUGCAAACCAUGACUAUUAUGCACUGCAACAUGCUGAUAGUUCUAAUUUCUACAUUACGGAAAAGAAUCGUAAUGAAAUAAAAAAUGGAGCUAUCCUUCGAUUAACAACCUCUCCAGCUCAAAAUGCACAGCAGCUCCACGAGAGGAUCCAGUCUUCUAGUAUGGAUGCCAAAUUAGAAUCACUGAAAGAUUUAGCCAGUUACUCGCGGGAUGUUACGUUUGCCCAGGAAUUUAUAAACCUAGAUGGUAUCUCUCUCCUUACGCAGAUGGUUGAAAGUGGCACAGAACGAUAUCAGAAAUUGCAGAAGAUAAUGAAGCCCUGCUUUGGAGACAUGUUGUCCUUUACACUGACUGCCUUUGUUGAGCUGAUGGAUCAUGGGAUUGUAUCUUGGGAUACAUUCUCUGUGGCAUUCAUCAAAAAGAUAGCAAGUUACGUGAACAAAUUUGCAGCAGACAUCUCUAUCUUGCAACGGUCAUUAGCGAUCCUGGAAUCCAUGGUGCUCAAUAGCCAUGAUCUAUACCAAAAAGUAGCACAAGAAAUUACUAUUGGCCAAUUAAUCCCACAUCUUCAGGGGACAGAUCAAGAAAUCCAAACAUAUACCAUUGCAGUCAUAAAUGCGCUUUUCCUCAAAGCACCUGAUGACAAGAGGCAGGAGAUGGCAAACAUUUUGGCACAAAAACAGCUUCGUUCAAUCAUCUUAACACACGUUAUCAGAGCACAGAGGGCCAUCAAUAAUGAAAUGGCACACCAGCUUUAUGUUCUGCAAGUGCUCACCUUUAAUCUUCUGGAGGACAGAAUGAUGACCAAAAUGGAUCCCCAGGAUCAGGCUCAGCGAGAUAUCAUAUUUGAACUCCGAAGAAUUGCUUUUGAUGCAGAGUCUGAGACCAACAACAGUAGUGGCAGUAUUGAGAAACGCAAAUCUAUGUAUACCAGAGAUUAUAAAAAACUUGGAUUUAUUAAUCAUGUAAACCCAGCAAUGGAUUUUACACAGACCCCUCCAGGAAUGCUAGCCCUUGACAACAUGUUGUACUUCGCUAAGCAUCACCAGGAUGCAUAUAUACGGAUUGUCUUGGAAAAUAGUAGCCGAGAAGACAAACAUGAAUGCCCAUUUGGCCGAAGUAGCAUUGAGCUGACAAAGAUGCUGUGUGAAAUAUUGAAAGUAGGAGAACUACCCAGUGAGACCUGCAAUGAUUUCCAUCCCAUGUUCUUCACACAUGACAAAUCAUUUGAGGAGUUCUUCUGUACCUGCAUCCAGCUGUUGAACAAAACGUGGAAGGAAAUGAGGGCAACCUCUGAAGACUUCAACAAGGUAAUGCAGGUGGUGAAGGAACAAAUAAUGAGAGCACUCACUACCAAGCCUAGCUCUCUGGACCAAUUCAAAAGUAAACUUCAGAAUCUAAGUUACACAGAAAUUUUGAAAAUCCGUCAGUCUGAGAGAAUGAACCAGGAAGAUUUCCAGUCUCGUCCAAUUCUGGAGCUAAAAGAGAAGAUUCAGCCUGAAAUCUUGGAGCUGAUCAAGCAGCAACGUCUUAAUCGACUUGUUGAGGGCACCUGCUUUAGGAAACUAAAUAGUCGACGGCGACAAGACAAAUUCUGGUAUUGUCGACUAUCACCAAAUCACAAAGUCUUGCACUAUGGAGAUUUGGAAGAAAGUCCCCAAGGAGAAGUCCCGCAUGAUUCUUUGCAGGAUAAAUUGCCUGUGGCAGAUAUAAAAGCAGUUGUGACAGGAAAGGACUGUCCUCACAUGAAGGAGAAGGGAGCUCUUAAACAAAACAAGGAGGUGCUCGAGCUUGCUUUCUCUAUAUUGUAUGACUCAAAUGGCCAAUUGAAUUUCAUUGCUCCUGACAAGCAUGAGUACUGUGUCUGGACUGAUGGGCUGAAUGCCCUUCUUGGGAAGGAUAUGAUGAGCGAUUUGACGCGAAAUGACCUGGACACACUGCUCAGUAUGGAAAUAAAGCUUCGUCUCCUCGACUUGGAAAACAUACAAAUUCCUGAUGCCCCCCCACCUAUCCCAAAGGAGCCCAGCAAUUAUGAUUUUGUUUACGACUGUAACUGAAGCUGCUUGUCGAAACUCACAUUUAAACUGGAAAUAUUAUAACUGGAGAGAUUAACAAAGAAUGAAAAAACACAAACGCACCUUGGAUUUUGGCUUUGGGGGUGUAAAGAAAAACACUCGCUUCCCUUCCCAUUCCCUGCAUUCUUCCUUCUCUCUGAUCCCAUCUCCCUCAUUGCUUGUCAGAACCUACAUUGCUUUAAUUCACUUCUAAUUGCAGUCCCUUGGACACGGCUAAGGCGAAGACAACCACUGCAAAAUGCCCCCCCAGAGGAACAUUUUAAUUUUUAAUACUAGAAUAAACAUUCAAAUAUGGACAGUGCUUCCCAAAUGCAUGUCUGCGAAACCAAACCCAGCACUGCGAGUGCUUUAACUGGAAGUAGAGAAAUAGAGAGGAGAAGCAGCUACUGUAAACGGAGGCUGGAGAAAGAGAGAGAGAUUCCCCUUCAUACUCCCAGAUGUCCAUUCACAAUUGAUUCCUAUCAGACAAUGAAAAUUAUAGACUGCUUUCAACUUGAGCACUAUCAUCACCAGCACCAUCCUUUGCAUUGGCAACAUCAUCUCCAUCAUCUGUACCUCACCCAAAGUGAUUGUUUCCUAGAAUGAGUAGUCUACAGGUUUUUGCUGUACCGUACGCUGUAAUGCUGCAACAGCUUCUAACUUCUUUUCCUGCUGUCUCUUAAAAAGUCCUUCUCCUUUCUCAGAUUACUAGCGCACAUUGUGAAUGAAACCACUGGUUGUAUUUUGUUACCAUAGUGAAUUCCAAACCUUGGUUGCCUCUAAAACUGGCUUGUUGAUACCAAGGUAAUUACUUUUUCAUUUUGGUCCAAAAUUUAAACUGCAGUUUCUGCAGGUUAAUUAAAGCUGCCAGACAUCCAGGUUUACAUCAUUGUCAUUGCUACAGUGUUACUAAUUUGCAGGGGAAAUUUUUUUGUACGGGUUCUAGUUUUUUUUAAUUUUGCCAAACAAAGAUAUUUAAUGAAAAGAAUUACGUUGUGAAGUAUUCGGGGGGAUAAUGUUUUUAUUUUUAAUUUCCAUUUGGAACAUUUGCCCUGGAGAGAAAAAAACUAUUCCCUUCAACUUUGCUGUUGAAUAAAAUUUGAGUUGUGAUGAU